AAAGAAGUUUCGGAGUGGUGCGCAGGGAAACACUUCGGUGCUGUUCGUUAUUUCUCUAUCAAUCUCUCCUUCUGCAUUCCCCCAUUCCUCGCCUCGCCUCCACCCGGGCAGGACAUGGAGGUGACAGACUCAUGCCCCGUCUGCCUGGAGCCAUGGAACAAGACGACCCACACGCCCAAGUUUCUCAGCUGCCACCACACCCUCUGCCUCGACUGUGUGAUCACUCUCUUCGAAAAUGCAGUCGCUGAAGAAGGAGGAGGAGGAGGAGGAGGAGGAGGAGGAGGAGGUGGCGAGGAGGGAGAUUGGCAAGGGAGAAGGGGAAGAGGAAGAGGAGGGUUUGUACAGAGGAUAAGAGGAGGCACUCCCAGCGAGGAGGUUCCUUCCCCUUGGUCUCCCACAUCGAUCCCGAGGAGAUUCAUCCUGUCCCGAGGGCCAGAGAGCCAUCCGAACCCCAAAGUGGCCAGCGACGUGAAAAUCCUCUGCCCCAUGUGUAGGUCCUCCACGCUCGUCAGGGACCCCAACAGCCUGCAGACCAACUUCUACUUGGGAUCGCUCCGUCGCACCCCUUCCGUCCCCAGGUUAUUAUUAUGGUGUGAGACCUGCGACGCCAUAGCCGAGCCAGCUUGCGGGGAUCAUAAGGUCCAUCCCCUGCCAGACAGGGUUAAGGCUCUUAAGGACGAGCUGACGUCAUCCAGCAUCUUCUUCCUGGAGAACAUGUACGCCGUCCUGGCCGAACAGAACCGCCACAUGAAGGUGUACAAGUGGCUCUGCACCGUCCUGGGCAGCGCCAGGGACCAGGUCAAACAAGCCUUCGUGAAAACUAAUAAUGAUUACAAUAUAACUGCUGCAAGGAUACAAAUUCUUCAGCAAAUGCUCGACGAGUGCGAGGCUGUCUGUGCCAAAGUUGAAGAUGAAGAGAAGGUAACGGAGUUGUUGCGUCUCCAAACGACUCUACGGGCGAAUAACUCCUCUUGGUACGGAGAUGAAGGAGGAGAAGAGGAGAGAGAAGGGAUAGAGGAAACAGGAGGAGAGAAGAAGCGAAGGAGGAUAUCCCUGCCCGUUUUCCAAAACUUGUUCUACAUCCACAGCGACAUCCAGCCUCCUGACAGCUUUCAGAAUGCGCACGUUAUCAUGGAGACGAACGUCGACGGCACUACGCUCUCCGUCUUAACCGAGAAUGAGAUAGAGAAAGAGGGAGAAUCGGGAGAGGAAGAGAUGAGAGGGCAGACGGAGGUGGAUGUCCUGAGGCGCUCUUCGUGGCAGCAGAGCCAGAACCCCAAAAAGGGAGACGACAAGAGAUCCUUGUCGUUCUCGGUCACAGACACCGCGCAUCGACGCCUAGGACCGUCUAGGUCGCCAUCGACGCCUGCUGGGAUGUGUGGAACCCUUCCAGUCUCUCACAGGGCUCCUUCGGGGAAUCACAUAGGCGCACCAACCAUAAAUCCGGGAACAAACACGAUGCCCUCCAGAUGGCGAGAAGGUCCUUCAACCGCGACUCCCAACAAUGUGGGUGUUCCUGUCCCUGCUCCUCAUGCCCCUUCGCCCGUUCCCUUCUCCUAUAUCGCGCCCCAAGACAGGUGUCCCGAGCUGCUCCUCAGGGACCCACAGCUCGCUUCCUCUAACGCCGAGGAGACGCGACCGCCACAAGAGGGGCAGGUGUCCCUCUUCUCCGAUGACCUGUUGCUCGAGGCUUCCUGUACGCAUCGGCCCCCCCUUCCGUGGCCGUCAGAGCUCAAUGCUGUGAGUUUCUUAGAAUUACAAGGAGAACCGUCGUCUCAACAAGGGGAUGAGGCUACCAGUAAUAUUUUGGAAUUCCUUGAAGAGUCGCCGUACCUCGCGAAUGUGGAGCCGCAAGCUGGACCCCACGACAGGCGCAGGAGAUCGAGACGGAGGCCGGAGGAGCAGAAUCGCGGAAGAAGGCGACGGGGAAAUGCGUGCGUUAUCGUUUAACCUGUCUACCAUCCCUUCUCUCUCACGCGUGGUAAACAGGCUAAGAAAGUUCUGUGUCCUGUGGAUAUGGAUGUUAUUACAUGUAGGCAAUAUUAUUUGUGGAUAUUAUGUAAACUAGUGUUCUUAGUGUCCGUACUUGAGCACCGUUAGAAUAAAUUAUGCAAAUCCAUCUUCAGAAAUAAUGGAUACUUUCAAAAUUGAAAUUUAUACGGCUUAUUAUUUUCUACUGAAAGAAACUGUGGUUUGAAAUACAAGAAAAUAUUUUCUGAAUAGCUUACGCGGUUUAAAUAGUGCGUUAAUAUUUUUGCUUACUUGAGCUUGUGUUUUGGUUAUCGUACAUCUGCAUACUGUAUAAAUGUGGCUAUAUUCCCUUUUUAUACAUUCACCCAAACUGUAUUUCUUAUUCCAAUACAUCAUAUUCAUGUUGAUAAAUGUAGAAAAGACAUGAAUGAGAAUUAUAUAAUCAAAUACAUAUAUUGUACUGUCAAGAUAUUCAUUCUCAUUCAUACCCUUUCUACAUUCCAUAUAGCAAUAUUGCCGUUGUGCCUAAAAUAAAAUUUUAACACUC